AUGUCAUCAACAACAAAUAAAGCAUCACAGGAGGUAGGAAAAGAACAAAAGCUUCUUGAUCAUCUUCUUUCCUUACCGGAAGACCAGCUUGCCUCGAUAAGAGGAAACCCUGAAAAAGUUCUAGAGGCAAUUGACAAUUAUCCAGCAUCAUUUAUGACUAUAGGCAAGAACAAAGGGAAGAUCAUUGUUGACAAGAUGAACGAAGUUAAACCUAUGACUAUGAUUGAACUCGGGUGUUACGUGGGGUACUCUGCAAUUUUAUUCGCAAAUGAAUUGCCACAAGAGCAAGGGUCCAAAUAUUACAGUUUUGAAGCAAACCCAGAUUUCGCCAAUAUUGCUAGGCAGAUAAUUGACUUGGCAGGUUUAUCGGAUAAAGUUGAGAUUAUCGUGGGCAAAGCUGCUCAAACUUUGGUGGAGUUUAGGGAUUCGUUCAAAAGAAAAGGAUAUUCAUAUUCUUCGCUAGACUUCAUAUUUAUUGAUCAUGAAAAAAGCCUUUAUGUUCCUGACCUCAGGGUUCUUGAAUCGUUAAAUUUAAUUGCGCCUGGUACUGUUAUAGCAGCUGACAACAUUAUCAUGCCGGGGGCCCCAGACUAUGUCGAAUAUGUACAAUCAUCGCCAGAAGAGAAGCGUGAUUUUAACUACAGAGUGCCAAACGUUAACGGUAAAGAGUUUCUUGGAAGAUGGAAUAUAAUAUACAAAACUGAAACUUUCCCUGCCAUCACUUCCAAAGGACACAAGGAUGCAGUUGAAAUUACGGAAUGUGUCGAAUAUCUCAAUGGUUAG